AAUUUUUUUCUCAACAGUAAGAAGAGGCUUUCAUUUUCCUUCAAGCUCCCUAACACCUGAAAACCUAAAAACAAAAUCCUCAUAUCUGCAGUGACCCAUGGAAAACCCCCCAAUUUAGGGGUUUCACCCACACACCAUUUCGCGUUUCUCUCCAGUUUCUUUUUUUUUUUUUUUUUUUUUCUCGUUAAAACAUCUUAACAGCCAGUGCCAAAACCCUAGUUCAUUUCCGAGAACAAAAAUGUCGCUUUCACCUUUGGAGUAUUUGUACUUUACAGAGGAUUCUCUCAAAGAGUUGAAAAAUGGAAACACUAGCUUCAAAUUCUCUGAACCAGUUCCCACUCUUCGGUUUCUCUAUGAGCUCUGCUGGGUUAUGGUUCGAGGUGAGUUGCCGUUUCAGAAAUGUAAAGUGGCAUUAGAGUGUGUGGAGUUUGUGGAUUAUGCUUCUCAGGAGGAGCUGGGGUCAAGUUUGGCUGAUAUUGUCACCCAAUUGGCUCAGGAUUUGUCGUUGCCAGGAGAAAGUCGUCAACGUGUUAACAAGCUGGCAAAGUGGCUUGUGGAAUCUGCUUUGGUUCCUUUGAGAUUUUUUCAGGAGCGAUGUGAGGAAGAAUUUUUGUGGGAAUCUGAUAUGAUCAAGAUAAAGGCUGCAGAUCUGAAGUCGAAAGAGGUCAGGGUAAACACUCGUCUUCUUUAUCAACAAACAAAGUUUAACCUACUUCGCGAAGAGAGUGAAGGUUAUGCAAAGCUGGUCACUCUCCUUUGUCAAAUUCCAGAGGGUUCUACACAAAAUGCUUCAGCUGCCACAGUUGGCAUAAUCAAGUCAUUGAUUGGGCACUUUGAUCUGGAUCCAAACCGAGUCUUUGAUAUUGUUUUGGAGUGUUUUGAACGUCAGGCUGGUUAUAGUAUAUUCUUGGACUUGAUUCCCAUAUUUCCCAAGUCCCAUGCCUCCCAGAUUCUUGGGUUUAAGUUUCAAUACUACCAACGGCUGGAAGUAAAUGAUCCUGUUCCAAGUGAACUUUAUCAGCUAACGGCCUUGCUGGUGAAAAGAGAUUUCAUUGAUGUUGAAAGCAUUUAUGCACAUUUACUUCCCAAGGAGGAGGAUGCGUUGGACCAUUACAAUGCAUUUUCAGCUAAGAGACUUGAAGAGGCUAACAAAAUAGGUAGAAUAAAUCUUGCUGCUACUGGGAAGGAUCUCAUGGAUGAAGAGAAACAAGGAGAUGUGACAGUGGAUCUUUAUGCUGCACUGGAUGUGGAAAUGGUGGCAGUUGCGGAGCGUUCCUCAGAGCUAGAAAGUAGUCAACCCCUGGGCUUGCUUAUGGGAUUUCUCGAAGUGGAUGACUGGAAUCAUGCUCAUGAGUUGUUUGACCGUCUCUCACACCUUAAUCCAGUGGAGCAUGUACAAAUAUGUGAUAGAUUAUUCAGGCUCAUUGAAAAAACAAUAUCUGAACCGAAUGACCUUGUUUGCAAGAUGCAACUUUUGGGUUCAGUUCCUGAAGUUUUAACUGACUACUCUAUGGAAGUGGCAAAUUCAUCAAGCAAUAGAUCUUAUAUCAAUCUACGAAAGGAGCUUUUUGAGAUGCUUUCCUCUGUGGGACCUCAUCUUUAUCGAGAUACGUUGUUGCUACAGAAGGUAUGCAGAGUUUUGAGAGGUUACUACAUUUGUGCACAUGAGCUUGUCACUAGUGGCCAGACAUGCUAUAUCUCCCAAACUGUAACCACUGGAGAUCGAACUCCUCGAAUGCACCUGAAGGAUGCUAGGUCAAGAAUUGAAGCAGCAUUAGGAGCAUGCCUGCUUCCUUCCUUACAGUUGAUACCAGCAAAUCCUGCUGUGGGACUAGAGAUCUGGGAACUAAUGAAUCUCCUUCCGUAUGAGGUGCGUUAUCGUUUGUAUGGUGAAUGGGAGAGAGAUGAUGAGCAAUGUCCAAUGCUUUUGGCUGCAAGGCAAACAGCAAAGUUGGACACUAGGAGGAUCCUGAAGCGCCUUGCAAAAGAAAAUCUAAAGCAGCUUGGUCGAAUGGUUGCCAAACUUGCUCAUGCCAAUCCAAUGACAGUAUUGCGAACAAUUGUUCACCAGAUUGAGGCUUACAGGGAUAUGAUUACACCUGUUGUAGACGCUUUUAAAUAUCUGACUCAGCAGCUGGAGUAUGAUAUUUUGGAAUAUGUUGUUAUUGAACGGUUGGCACAAAGUGGGAGAGAGAAGCUGAAAGAUGACGGCCUUAAUUUAUCUGAUUGGCUUCAGUCUUUGGCAUCAUUUUGGGGUCACCUGUGUAAAAAAUAUCCGUCAAUGGAAUUGAGGGGUCUUUUUCAGUAUCUUGUUAAUCAAUUGAAGAAAGGAAAUGGUAUUGAGCUUGUCUUCAUGCAGGAGCUUAUCCAGCAAAUGGCUAAUGUACACUAUACAGAAAAUAUGACAGAGGAACAAUUGGAUGCCAUGUCUGGAAGUGACACACUACGCUAUCAGGCCACCUCAUUUGGUAUAACACGGAACAAUAAGGCAUUGAUUAAAUCUACUAACAGGCUGAGAGAUGCUUUGCUCCCAAAAGAUGAACCAAAGUUGGCAAUUCCACUCUUGCUACUCAUUGCUCAACACCGUUCUCUGGUCGUUAUAAAUGCGGAAGUUCCUUAUAUUAAAAUGGUCAGUGAACAGUUUGAUAGGUGUCAUGGAGCCCUUCUUCAGUAUGUGGAAUUUUUGUCUAGUGCAGUGACUCCAAUGUCUGCCUAUGCUGUUCUUAUUCCCGAUCUGGAUGAGCUUGUACAUGUGUAUCAUCUUGAUCCUGAGGUGGCAUUUCUGAUUUAUCGGCCUGUUAUGAGGCUCUUCAAGUGUCAGAGAAAUUCAGAUGUCUUUUGGCCUUCAGAUAGUGAUGAAGCAGUGAGCGCAGCCAAUGCUGAAAAGGAGUCUGAAAGAUCAGACUCAUCUGCUUACUUACAAGACCUUGGUUCUUCUCGGCAACCUAUCUCAUGGAAAGAUCUUCUUGAUACCAUCAAAACAAUGUUGCCUUCGAAAGCCUGGAAUAGCUUGUCCGCAGACUUGUAUGCGACCUUUUGGGGUCUCACGCUCUAUGAUCUUCAUGUUCCUAAAUCCCGUUACGAAUUUGAAAUUGCGGAAGAGCUACAGGCAAGCAAGCUACUCCUGGAACUCUCUCAAAGCAACAAAAGCAUGAUACUGCAAAAUAUGACAAGUCUGGGAAAGCUGCUGGAAGAGCAUCUGGAGCUGCUUCUGGUGAUGUUGGUUAUCCUUCUGAGAGCAGAACAAGUGGGAAUGUUAAUGUUUCUGCUACGGUUUCAGGGAAUGGUAACUUGUUUUCUACUGUACAUAAAGGUGCAUUAACAAGAUUGGUAGAUCAUUCAAAUGGAUCUAAUGCCGAACUUACAGCUACUAAAUUUGAUGAUCUGAGUGUUUCUGCUGGAAACGAUGAUGUCAAUGAAACUUCUGAUGUGCAGAAGGAGUCCUCAUCGCGUCUGGUCCAUUCGCCUCGACAGGAUGCUUCUAAAGCUAAUGAAAAAGUACAGAAAAGAUCGAUUCCUGCGGAAGAUCUGGAUAGACUGAAUAAACGCCGGAAAGGUGAAACUGACAAUAGAGAUAUCGAUUAUGGUGAUGCUCGUUCUUCGGAGAGAGAGCGGUUAAUGGAUGUACGAACUGCAGAUAAACUUCAUCCAGUAGAUUAUGAUCAACAUGGAUCUGAUGAUCAAAUAUUGAACCGGGCCUCUGAAAAGCCUCUAGAUAGAUCAAAAGAUAAGGGUGGUGAAAGACCUGAGAGAGACCACAGAGAACGAGUAGACCGUCCUGACAGGUCUCGCGGGGAUGAUGCAUUUGAAAAAUCAAGAGAUAGGUCAACUGAGCGGCAUGGAAGAGAACGUUCAAUUGAAAGAGUACAGGAGAGAGUUGCUGAUAGAAACUUUGAUAAGUUGAGUAAGGAUGAAAGAAUCAAAGAUGAUAGGACUAAGCUGCGACAUAGUGAAGCGUCUGUAGAGAAAUCUCACACAGAUGAUCGGUUUCACAAUCAAAAUUUGCCUCCACCUCCACCACUGCCUCCUCACAUGGUCCCACAAUCCAUUAAUGCAGGCAGGAGAGAUGACGAUUCUGAUAGACGUUUUGGAACUGCCAGGCAUAGUCAAAGACUUUCUCCAAGGCAUGAUGAGAGAGAGAGACGGCGGUCAGAAGAAAAUAAUGCAUUAUUGCAGGAUGAUUUGAAGAGGAGGAGAGAAGAAGAUUUCCGAGACCGAAAGCGGGAAGAGAGAGAACUUUCAAUGAAGGUAGAGGAGAGGGAAAGAGAGAGGGAGAAAGGAAGCAUCGUGAAAGAGGAUAUGGAUCCAAAUGCCUCAAAGAGACGCAAACUCAAGAGAGAGCAUAUGGCUUCAGAACCUGGCGAGUAUUCACCUGCUGCUCAUCCUCCUGCCAUUUCUAUUAAUAUGUCGCAGCCCUGUGAUGGAAGAGAUAGGGGAGAACGGAAGGGUGUUAUUGUUCAGCAGCGUCCAGGUUACUUGGACGAGCCAGGUCUUAGGAUUCAUGGGAAGGAAAGUGCCAGCAAAGCACCCCGUCGUGAUGCAGACUCCAGUAUGUAUGACAGAGAGUGGGAUGACGAGAAGAGGCAAAGAGCUGAGCCCAAGAGGCGGCAUCGGAAGUAAUUGCUCAACCACAAGACAAAUGAAGUUUCUGCUUGUUGCUGCUGAAGUAAAACGUAGCAGGGUGGUUUGGCUUGUGUCAAGUGUUCCCGGACCAUUUUUGUUUAGUCAAUUUUUUUAUUAGGCCCUUGAUGGGGUUUGAAUUACUACAAAGAGUAUAUGUAGGUAGGUAAGAUGUGUUUGUUUGUGCAAAUUGCUUCGGAACUCUAUUUACAUUUUUACGUGCCAUAUAUGCAUUACUUUUUGAAAGGAAA